AUGCACUCGGAUCUAGUGAAGGCGUUGAGAAUGAGCGUUUGUGAACGACUCUCCGAGAUGUUCCAUGCGUUCCCGGAUCGCGAAUUUUCGAAAGAAGAAAUCGUCGCUAUCAAGGACACCAUUUUCCGCCAUUAUGUCGAGGAAAUGCCUCUUGUCAGUGUCAUUCAAAGAACAGAGCAAAUGAUUCCAGUGGCACCGUUCGCAGUUGUGAAGCUGUUAGCCUCGAUCUGUCAAAUCCCGUCUCUUUAUCAGUUGCUGACCAUUACAAUCAAAUGGAGAAUUCAGGAACAGAAAGAUGAAGUUUUAAAAUGUGAUACAUUAGAUCUUCUUCUUGGUCCUCUUCUCUGGCCUGGUUGCUUCGAUUUGAUGCUAAAAACCAUUCGGAAUGGAAUCAUGAAGUUAUCGGAACUCGCAGAUGAGCCAAUGGUUCAGAUUUCUAAUUUGGUUGAUUGUCAGAAGAUUGAAACCAAAAAGAAAGUCAACUUUGGAACCACUCUCCUCAGCCGGAAAACAAGAUUUGUUCUUGAAUUCCUCACAAAUCAAAUCGAACGAGAAGUUGCCGAGACCAAAAGACCUGCUCCUGAAAGUAUCACUCUUCUUGAACGAUUCUCGGACUUUGUAUCGGAAACAGACGACGUCGCCAAUCGUCUCGCAACUCCUCUUCUUCUGUGUGUCGAAAGAAGGAAGUGUAAUGAAGAGACACUCGUCAAUAUGAUGAAGUCUUUGGCUAGAAUCGCACCUCUUCUCAAGGAUCCUGAAUCCUACUUCCCCAAAUUCCCAAGACUUUUCGUAAGAAUGGAAGGCAGAACACUGAGAGACGCACUGGUUUUGAUGGUUGAAGGUUUAGUGGAAUCGAAGAACUUGGAUGAGAAUAUCCGAAAAACUCUGCAUCUUCUAUGCGAACUUGAUGCUUGGGACAAAACGAAAGUGGAUGAACCUCAUUUUGAAAGGCGAUAUGCAGCAUACGCGGAAUUAAUGAAAAUCUGGAAUAGCGAGGAACCAACAAAUCAUACUAUUCUGGCCAUGAUUUUGAGCUCUCACUUCCAUCUUAUCUCUACGACGAAUGACCUAUCCCUGCGGAUGACUGCUGGAAACAACGUUCGAGCGAUGGUCCAAUAUGCUGGUAGAACAUUGCCUGUCGUUGAGAAACGACUCUUCCUUGAUGCUUAUCUGAAUCCAACUAUCAUCGCUUUCUUGAAGCAUGAAGUAGAUGCUGUCCGCGAAGAAGCACUCAAUACUCUGGGAGUGAUGACAAAGGGUUUCAAGGAGAGCCAACAUCUAGCUGAAAGACAAAGAGCCAUUCGACUAGUCGAAUCAGUAGCAAGUGGCGAGAAGAACGUUUCAUUCAAUUCCAUGAACAAGUAUUUGGUACCAAUCAUUCAUCCUUACCUAGUCAACUAUUCCGCUAAAUUCAAUGCGAUUUCCGAUGAGUCACUGGGACUUUUGAAACUGAUCAUGACAAAAGCGCCAUGGGGAAAGUAUUGUUCUUACCUCGAGAGUUGGUUGGCCCGAGUCGAAAAAGCAACAGCUACAAAGGACAACGAGUUCACUGAUAAAGCACUUGUCCGUAUUGUUGUCGCUGUUAUUGAAGCAUUCCACUUUGAUGUAACACUGGAGGAAGGAGAGACAUAUGAAGUUACCACCGAAGAAGACGGAAAAGAAGUUGUGAAGAGUGAGAAGCAGACAAUUCUCGAAAGAAUCAGCCGAGUCAUUCUUCCUCGACUUUCGAAAAGUUUGGAUUCGCAGGCACAAGCUGUGGAGAAGAACGCUAGGAGUGCGGAGACACACGCUACGGCUCUUCACCUCGAUAUUCAACGUGCUCCAAUCGCUCUGGCGAUUGUGAAACUUCUGCAGAAACUGCCGGAUUCAGUGACAGGACAACAUCUCCAUGGAGUCAUCUUGAAAUUGUGUAAUCUUAUGAUGACACAUUCGUAUGAUGUUCGUGAGACGGCUAGGAAGACAUUGGUUCAAAUUGUGAAAUGCUUGGGACCCAAAUAUCUUGCUUCAGUGAUCACAGAGAUUUCUUUGACGAUGACAAAAGGAUUCCAGGUCCACGUGGCCAUUUUCUCCGUCCAUACACUAAUCGUCGCAAUGAAGAAUGCAAUGAAAGGAGGAGAGCUCGAUUCAGCUAUCAGUGUUAUCGUAAAAAUGUGUAUCAAGGAUCAGUUCGCUGCCGAAGACAAGGAGAACGGUGCAGUCAAAGCAGAAUGCCCAGAAGCCAAGGGAAACCGUGCUCCAGAAAUGAUGCUCCAUCUUGGAAGAAUUGUGUCACCAGCUGGAAUUCAAUUGGUGCUAGCUCCAUUCCGAGACGUUGUCAACGAACAUCCAUCAGCUAAAGCGAUUCAACGAGUUUCGGCUCUUCUCUCAAAAUUUGCUGGAGGACUAAAAGAUAACGAUUCACUGGAUCACUCUAACCUGUUGACCUACAUUUUCAAGUCGCUCACCUCGGAUAUUCAGAAACUGAUGGAUAUGGAGACUAAAAAUGGACAAAAAGAUGCGAAAAACAAAAGUCGUCGUCCAGAAAGUUGCCUUAUCCUUGCUGCUGCCCCUCAGAGAAUCGGUGCAAUGACGAAGGUUGUUAUCAGAAGCCGUGAUCACGUCUUCGCUGAGUUCUUCGUUUUGUUAUUCUCCUCUCUGCUGAAAGAAAAGAAGUUUGAUUUGUCUGACGAUUCGAUGGUCUCUCGGCUGAAUCCAUUCGUCAAACUCAUCCUAGACUGUUUCGAUUUCAAAUACGAGAAACUAGUUUCGUGUUCGAUGCGAGCCCUCUGCUCCAUGAUCAAAAUGCAAUUGCCUGCAGUGGCUGCGAACUCUCAACGAGUCUCCGACACUCUUUUCGUGCUACUCAGUGAUUAUUCUUCAAUUGGGCAAGCCGGACACAAGCCAGCUAUCGUACUUCUCAAUCAGUUGAUCUACAAAGGCUUUACCAAUCUGAUUGCGACGACGGGAAGUGUUUUCUUGGAUAAUGACAAACUGACGCUAUUGUUGGCUUAUGCGGAAGCAGAUGUCAUGGACCAACACAAACAAGCGACCAUGUUCUCGUUGAUAAAAGCUCUUGUGAAGCGAGGUGUUCGACAUGAGCGACUUGGAGAGAUUAUGGAUCAUUUGGCAGAGACUUCGAUCAGAUCACCAUUAGUGAAUAUCAGAGAACAGUGCCGAGAGACACUUCUGGAUUAUAUUGGCGGAGCAUCAGAUGCAGAUAAAAACGUCGAGAAACACAUUGAAUUCUUCUUGGAUCAGCUGGAAUACGAAUAUGAAACAGGACGAAUGAGUGCUGCCGAGAUGCUUGCAGCAUUGUUCAAAAAUCUUGUUGCGAAGUCUCUUGCGCCUCUUCACAUGCUAUGCGUCGUCAAGAUGGGUGCUGCAAUGAUGAAUGACGAGUCAAAAAAAGUAGCUAACCACAUUGGAUUAGCUCUUCGACAUCUGCUGGAAUCAGUUGGCCCCGCACAAAGACAAGAGACUUUCGAAGUUGCCUGUCAGUGGUUGAAGGCAGAAGAUGAAAACGCGAGGGCUGUUGGAAUUCAGACCGCAGUUCAACUCAGCUACGUAGAGAAGGAAACAAUGGCGAAUAGAUUGGUACCUAUUGUGAAUCAAGUCAAGGAAAUACUGUUCAACGGAGAUGUCUUUGAGAAUAACAGUGAAACCUCAAUCACAGUCAUUUUGAAUGGGCUCACUCGCAUUAUCAUCAAUGUAGGAAAGACAGCAAUAUCUGAGAUGGAUGCUAUCGAAUUCAUUCGGUCGAUGGAGGAGCUGUGCAAGUGUGAAGAGUCGAUUGAAGUGAUGCUAGCUGCGUCUACACUCAUCGGACAGCUUCUUUCUCAAAUCGAGUUGUCGGAAGUUCCGAACGAGCUAGCGAAGGAUGUCUGUUUUUGGAUGAGUCGUCAUCUGAGACACGAGAAAAUGAGCACUGCCGUCGGGGAACAGGCUUCUAAGAAUAUUGUAUUCCUAGCAAAGAAUAUCAAGUCGGAAGAAUACCGUACUCUGGUUGGAUUCAUUGCUGCUGCCUGUAGAUAUGAAAUCAAGCAUUCUGUGAAGCAAACGCUCAAGAGAACCAAUUGUUUCAAACUGAUCGCUGCUUUGUUUGUCACUGGAGAUUCUGAACGGACUACAGUAAUCCUUGAUUCCUUCAUGCCUCUUCUUGUGAGAGAGUUGAAAACUUCAGAUAACGAAGAACUGACUCAAUUGACGCAAGAAGUGUGCGGACUAAUCAAGAAAAAAAUCGGAGACGACGAGUACAGUAAUCGUGUGGCCACUUGCCAGAAGAACGCCGCCGAGAAGAUCACAGAUCGUAAACGAAAGAUUCGAGAGUUGGCUGUCACGGCUCCAGAAGAUGCUGCUGAAUUGAAACGAAAGAAGAAUAAGAAGAAGACGGAAAUGAGGAAGAGAAAGCUGGACGAGAUGAAGCCGUAUCGAGCUACAAAACGGCAAGCUGCGGAGAAGAGGAAGGCUGAAGAGAAUGAUGAAGAUUAG